AUGUAUUAUUAUAGAUUUCGGCCACAACGCACUCUGGCUCAAGAGCCUACCCUUUUUCACAGUUUAAGAGUGAUUGUAGCUUUUUUUAUAGUUUUGCAAUGGGUCACUUAUGUCGGUUUUUUGUUGACGCAAAUUUUUACUGAUAAGCCAGUGAUUGAAAUACGCUAUCCGUUUGAAGAAAAAAUAGAAGCACCAGAUAUCGAGCUUUGUGGAAGCAAUUCUGAACUAAAAUUUUAUUCAUGUGUAUUGACGUAUUAUAACAACAGUAAAAGUGUACAUGAAGGUUGCUUUCGAAAUGAUGGCACCAACUACAUUGUUCGCGGUGAACGGCCACAAGGCACAACAGCGUAUUGCCAUCUUUUCAGUGGAAAACAUAACGUUUGGUUUGGUAAUACGACAAACUCAGUUCGCAAGAUUGGAAUAUAUUAUAAAAUUUUAAAUAUAAGUGCUACGGAAGGAAGUUCAAUGAAUAUCGCAAAUAUUGCUAUACAAUUAAUCGAUCCGAAUCGCAAUUUAAUUUGGGAUAAAAGUGUUAAAAUACGCAAUCAAAUUGAUGAAGUAGUUUACAAAGAUAUGAAAUGGCAAGGAAAUAACUUUGCUGGACUUGCAAAUUAUUCAACAGUGGUGAAUUUUAAAAAACAAACGUAUCUAUCGAUUUCACCCAGUGACGUUAAGAGUUACUUCGGCUUACGAGGAGUUUAUGAUGAAACAGUAACAAUACCUUCUAUUGUAAAAUAUUAUCCACUUAACAAUAAUCCCGAAUUCAAAAAUCAAAACUAUUCUGGAUACAUUGCCAUCAAUAUUGAGACUUUUUUUCAUGAAAUCCACACGGAAAAAAGAGUGCGUACCGUGCUUAACUCUUUCGGUGUAAUAGGGGGUGCUUUUGGUGUUGCUGUUGGACUUUAUUACUUUCUUUUUGGCGAUAGAAAAAUUCAUCCAUGGGGAAUAAUGCAUUGUCUAGUAAAGUCAGGAUUAAAGGAAUUUGCCAAUUACAGAAAUUUUCCAAUGGUUUCUCCCAUUGAAAUGGAGAACACACCUUUCUUGUCAUCAAAGUACGAUAGCGAUAGGCAAUUUAUACACCUUGAAACUCGUAUAAAAUAUUUGGAAGGAUUGAUGGGUGACUAUCUCAUCGACAUUCAACCAAUAAAAAAUAACAUUUGA